GGGAGGGAGAAGGGGGGGAUGUUUAAAGUGUUUGAGCGAUAAGGCAAAUGUUCAAAAGCUACAUUACAUUUGCUUCCCGACCUCAAGAGCAGCUUGAAGCUUGGCAUAUGCUGCAGUUCCUUACUCAUCACCGAAUGUAACUGGUGAAGCUCGUCCUGACUUACUAAAGGAAAAGGCUCUGCUCUGCACCACCGGCUCUUCCACCGCACCCGAGAACUUGACCUUGGCACAACUCUUUCCCCUCCGGUAUCACGACAGACUCUGGCGCUGCUCCAUUGCAGGAUGGCUAUGACUGACGUGCUCAGCGCUGAGGAUAUCAAGAAGGCUGUGGGAGCCUUUUCAGCGGCUGAAUCUUUCAACUACAAGAAGUUUUUCGAGAUGGUAGGAUUGAAAAAGAAGAGCCCAGAAGAUGUGAAGAAGGUUUUCCAUAUUCUUGAUAAAGAUCGAAGCGGCUUCAUUGAAGAGGAAGAAUUAAAGUUUGUACUGAAGGGCUUUACCCCAGAGGGAAGAGACCUAUCAGACAAAGAAACGAAGGCUCUUCUGGCUGCUGGAGAUAAGGACGGUGAUGGUAAAAUUGGCGCUGAUGCUGCUGACCUCAAGUGGCAAUAAAGUGUAAUUACAAGAGUAUACAGCGCUACAGUAAAAACAUUAGGAACCGAGUACUGAAGUAUCACGAAUGAAUAUCCACGGAAUCAGAGAAUCGGCAUAAAAAUCGCUAUGUAAGCAAAGCCCUUUACAGUGUCUUUCUGUUCUUUGAACCUUCAAGGAUUUAUAUUUUAAUGCUUCACCUGAUGGCAUGAAAGCUGAAAUUUUAUCCAGGGCUUUAACAAAAAAUAGCACAGUAGAACAUAGCCAUUAAUGAGUCUAAAAAAUUAUUUGUAGUACAUUAUGUGAAAUAAAGUAAGUUACAACAACAUUAAUGGGAAUAUUUUACUGGCAUAAAAGUCUGUAGACCCCGAUGAUUUCUCUAUCGGUCUUUCAUCACGUUAUACCCUCAAUCACUCCUGAACAAGCAACAUUGAGUACCUAAUUUGGCCUGAAAUUUUUCAGCUAUAUACUAAUGGAUAACAGGAAAAGAAAUACCCUUUGACAGUCAAACUGAAAAAAGUUACAAUAUGGAUGUCACUCACAACGGGUAGAGAGACCUUCAAAGUACCAUCUUUACUUUUCAUGGUGACAGUACCUGAUAUUCAGUUUAUUCAAAUAUGCAACUGGUAUACUCAGAACCUAUGUAAUCAGAAUUCUCAUAAAAUCUGUUUCAAACCACUUUUUUUUCCAACUGUAUUUUAAAUUCAAAGUUCAAAUUUCAAUAUUUAAAGAAAAAUAAAAUUCAAACACGUGUAAUAAAAAUAAAUCUCUGCACAAACCUAAAAUUACUGUUGUAUCAAUCACCACCAAACUAUUACUUUUUUCACUGCUGGCUCUUCAAUGUUUAUCUUACAGUCUUACUUUUCCCACCCAAAUUCCUUCCAAACCUUCCCCAAAUCUUGAAUUGCUCCAUUUCCAAUUAACCAAAAUUCUUAGAAUCUUCUUGUUAGAUGAAAGUUGUCUAGUAGUGGCUUCAAAAUGCAGCAAACAAAUGCAAAAUUUUAAGUUACAAUAAAACAUAAAAUAAAACAUUA